CGAGGAGCGCCUCCCAUCAAGGCCACAGCACUCAUUUUUCACGGCUGUCCCCCAGCCGCUCACAUCUGGACAAGCUGGCAGCCCAGGAAUCCACGGCAAUGGAUUGGUGGAGGGACAAUUUCUGGAUCAUCUUAGCUGUGGCCAUCAUCAUCGUCUCCGUGGUCCUGGGCCUCAUCCUGUUCUGUAUCUGUAGGCGGCUGCUCAGACAAGGAGGGAAAUUGAACAUUGCUAGACCCUUGAAUCAAAGGCUUAACGAUGAAGAAAUGAUGUAUGAGAAUGUUCUCGAUCAAUCGCCAGGUCAAUUGCCCCCUCUGCCACCCAGGGGUUUGCUUUCUCAACAUGAUGCCUCCCCACAGGAAACCCGGAGCGAGCCGCCACCGGCAUACUCAUCGGUAAAUAAAGAUAGAAAUGUGAAGACAGUUUCCAUCCCGAGCUAUAUUGAGCCUGAAGGUGACUAUGAUGACGUUGAAAUGCCUGCCUCUAUGGAGAGCCAUCAUUUUGAAACAACUGUUUCUUCUUUUUGGCAAGCUGAAGAGAGUUCGCGCAGCUUAUUUUAAGACCAUCAGGAAUGGUUGAACGUCUAUGUGGUCGGUCCCGGAUGCAGUGGUAACGUUGUACAGCUCUGUAAGAUAAACACUCUCUGAACCCUAGCGAUGAAGCAGUGUUCCCGAUCAUAUGACUGCAGCCAGAGAAAGAAUGUGGCUGCUCAGCCCUGAAGACUGAGUCGGGCCCUGAGCUUCUGUUGAGUGAGUGUCCGCAGGAAGGACUGCUGGGCUUCAUGGCUCUCACGGGGAGAAACCGCUCUGUUCUUGGCCCCCUUCCCUCUUUCCUUCCCUUCUUUGCUUGGGUCUAAGUGAUCUUCAAGCUUGGUGUUGACUGUGCAGAGCCUCCCAAGUUCCCAUCCCCAGCACCACCACUAGGAGCACAAGGUCUCCUCUCUACCGGCCCCACCCACCUCCCGUGAGAACGUCUGUGGUGGUAGUUGGGGCUGAGCGCUCUUGUGUGCAACACCGCGUCAGCCUUGCGAGUUCUUCAAGGGUGGCCAGUGCUUUCUGUUCUUGUGAACCCGCCCCACCUACACACACCUCAAACCCCAGUGUCUCUCUAUGACGUUACCAGACUGACCAUAGAGAUUCAAGUUCUCACCCAGGUUUUUUCCUGUGCUUCCCAGUUGCACCAGAACAAUCAGCAAAGGACAGACGUUACACCAAUGGCCUAAAUGAAGGUGUCAUUUUGCCAUGUGUAUAGUGGGCUACAGGAAUGGUAGGCUUCCCAGGAAAAAUCAUGGGAAACAGGAAAGAAAGGGGGUGAUUAAAUGCCAGAUUCAAGAUGAGAGGUCGGGCUUAAGGCCCUCCUCUAGAGCUGUCAUUAUGGCUUCCUCCCCAUAUGAAGUUCGGUGCAAACAGCGCCAAGCCCCUUCCCUUCAGAUCACUGUCCCUGAGUGUCUGGGAGGCAGCACCUGCAGUGUGACGUGCUGCGGCUAAGGAGGGGCCAGGGGAGUGUCCAGCUAAAUGAGUGCCCUAGUGUGGUUCCUGAGCCUUAAGUCAGCUUUGAAGAUCCCUGUACCCCAUCAGUUGUUUCGAGUUGAUCCACUAGAGCUCUAGGACCUGACCCUUUCUAACCAGACUCACAAGACGCCGAUUUCUAAGCAAUCCCUGGGAAAUACAGCGAAUGAGCAGACUUGCAGGGAGAGCAGAUGACCUGUGAAAAGCCUUGGGAGUGACUGUUGGAUGAGCUCCUCCUCAGGAGAUGUCAAGUGUGUUCCUGCCGUAUUAAGCUUCCUCCCUCAGCCAGUGCUGGACCAGCCGGAACACAUCUUCCUGCCCUGGUUAACCGCUUUGUAGACUCCAUGGAGACCCCGGCUGCCUGUCAGUACCUACUUAUUUCAGACCAGUGGUUCUUUCACUGUGGCCUUCUAGAAUUGUGGUAUUCAACGCACUGAAGAGAGGACUCUUCUCAAAUUAGAGAACGUAGGUUAGCAAGUGGAACUUUACAUGUGUUUUACAUGUAUGCUUUCCUCUCAUGCAUGUUCUGUAAGCCAUCCACAUCCAUCUCAACCCCUGCCCUCAUCUUGCUCCAAACACUCAUGAACAACCUCACUGAUGCCCAUGAGCUCAGUACCCCCUCUAUUCUGACGAGUUCCAAGUCACAGACUUUAGCUGAGCUCUCUCUCCUCAAUUCCAGACUGAGUGGCUUCCAGGAUAUCUCCACAUGACUCUCCCCUGUCCCCUCAAGUUCAACAUAUAUAAGAAAGAACGAAUUACGUACCCCGAUUCCAAGGCCCCUGUGCUCUGCCCGCUUCUUCAUUGCUGAAGUCAGAAGCUAGCACGCUAUCUGGAGUCCUUCUUUCCCAUGUCCCCACCUCCUGCUGAUUGCACCUCUCAAAGAGCUCUCCCGUCAGACUACAUGUCUCCGUCACCGUGCCUAGGUCAGGUGUGACCAGCACAUGCCAAGGGAAUUCCUAUAGCCUCCCAGCUGGUCUCCUGCUUCUGGCAUCUCACCCCCAACCCCCUUUCUACAUGGCAGCUUGUAAUUUUCUAAAAUGAACAUCUGACCACUUAAUUCAUUUGCUUACAUCUCUUCUUUACCCAUUAUCCUCAUAAAAAGCUCCAAAUCCUUAAUAUUGAUUACAAGAUUUGUCAACUUCAGGUCACUGGUUAUCUCUUGCCAACCCUCUCCUUCCCCACCUCCUUGCAACCUCCACUCUCCGUAAAUUUUUGUUCUGGCGAUUUAAAUUGACCUCGUCUGUGGUCUCUCUUGCCCUUAUGGCUAUGCACAGCACCCUCUUCUCUGUCUGGAUCUCCCCCACCUUCUGAUCCUUCCCAUCGCUACUUAGAUCCUUUCCUCACCACCCCAAGUUGGGGUCUGGUGCCCUCUUAGAUGCUCUCCUCUCAUAGCAUCAGCAUGCGGUACUGACCUGUCUGCCUGUCUCUCUCCUCCACUGGACUGAGAGCAAUAUGAGGACAGAGGCUGAAUCUCUCUUCCCCACAUUGUUCUUUCUGUUCCUAUUUAA